AUGGCAGAAACUGCGCGUGAAGGCUUCUUCAACGAGCUCAGCAAUGGCCACUACGAGCCACGCCAGACUGGCGUAAGAAACACCACAUGCCCUCGGUCUCGAAGCCAGUCCGCAGCUUCCACAUCGAUAAGGCGCAUGCGAUCGAAUAAUGGUCAUGGAUGUGCCGAUCUGGAGGACAGCAAUGAUGAAGCCGGCGUCGCUGCCGGGAAUGGUGUCGGCGAAAAGGAUAAUUUCGAGGUUGCCUGGGAUGGUGACGAUGACCCAAUGUGUCCGCGGAGUAUGUCGUUGCUACACAAGUGGGCAAUCGUCAUCAUUGUUGGUACGGGCAGUCUUUGCGUAACAUGUGCGAGCUCGAUUUAUACGUCUACCUACGACCAGAUGAACCCUGAGUUUGGCAUAUCAACAAUCGUUGGGACAUUGGGCUUAUCCACUUUCGUACUGGGCAUCGCCUUAGGACCUCUUCUUAUGGGCCCCCUGAGUGAAUUUUUUGGCAGGCGUCCUAUAUACCUUGUCUCCUGGACAAUGUUUCUAAUAUGGAUCAUCCCUUCUGCUGUUGCAAAAAAUGCUGAGACCAUGAUUGUGGUACGUUUCUUUGACGGGUUUGCUGGCAGCUCAUUUCUGAGUGUGGCGGGCGGAACUGUCAGCGACAUAUUCAAGAAGGACGCCAUCCAAGGGCCAAUGACCAUUAUCUCGUUGAGCCCUUUCAUAGUAGGCCCUAGCUUGGGUCCUUUACUUGGAGGCUUCGUCAACUCCUAUACCCAUUGGAGGUGGACGUACUAUUUCCUGCUCAUCUGGGCUGCAAUAAUGCUUGCCUUGAUUGUGUUCUUCGCCCCCGAAACAUACCACCCAAUCAAACUCAGGGAGAAGGCACGCUCCCUCAGGAAGGAGACUGGCGAUGAACGGUGGAGGGCUCCUAUGGAGAAAUCCGAGAAGUCUAUUGCGAGAACGGUAGGCUAUUCUCUCCUUCGGCCAUUCCAGCUCUUGAUGUUUGAGCCAAUGUGUCUCGCGCUCGACAUAUUUUCUGCGAUUUUGCUCGGCAUCCUCUAUCUCUUCUUUGGAGCCUUUGGAGUGGUGUUCGGCAAUGCGUACGGUUUCAACCUGUGGCAGACGGGCCUUGCCUUCCUGGGCAUCUUCACGGGCAUGAUCACGGCAUCGGCGACAAGCCCGGUCUGGCGCAAAGUGCACAGCCGACUGGUGGCCGGGAACAAUGGUAUCUCGGAACCCGAAUUUCAUCUUCCUCCGGCCGUCGCAGGGGCAGUGCUAGUACCCAUAGGGUUGUUCUGGUUCGCGUGGUCUUCUUAUCCGUGGGUGCACUGGAUGGUGCCGAUAGUAGGUUCUGGUGUGUUCGGCAUGGGAACCCUCCUCGUAUUUACUGGCAUCUUCACGUUUCUGGUGGAUGCGUAUCCCUUGUACGCAGCAUCAGCACUGGCUGCAAACGCCUUCACAAGGUGCGCCUUUGCAGCCGCUUUCCCACUCUUUGGGCUGCAGAUGUACCACAAACUCGGCAACCAGUGGGCGUCGACAUUGCUUGCAUUUCUCACAGUCGCAAUGAUGCCGUUCCCUUGGCUAUUCUUCCGGUAUGGCAAACGACUGAGGGAAAACAGCAAGUAUGCAACAUAA